AUGGGUCGGAAGAAUAAAAAACCCAAGGGUGAUCGAUCCCCAACAAGCCGAGACAUAGGCGAACUACUGCGGGGUGCCCAGAGGGCCGCUUGGAACAAGAUGGCGCUGAAGGGAGACGAGACCUCUUACUCAUCGGGAGAUAACCCAUUCGAUAUGGGAGAGGAGAUACCCCACAAUGCGCCCAAGAGACCCACGAUCCCUCAACAAGCCUCAACCGAGCCGGUAACUGCCGCCCAGCUAAAGGACAUGCUCGCCGAGCUGCGAACAAACAUUGCAGCGGACAUGGCGGACUUUAAAACGGCGGUUGAAAAGGCCACCUCACGGAUCACACUCCUAGAGGCCACAACAAGCACACAGGACUCCAGACUCACGGUGGUAGAGAACCAAAUAGCUGAAAUUUCCAAACUACAAUUACUUACCACAGAUAGAAUGGAUGCCAUGGAAGACCAAAAACGGCGAUACAACCUCAAACUCCGUGGCGUUCCAGACUCGAUCGACCUGGCGGACUUACCACAUUACAUCCGCAGGCUGUUCAGCACAUUGCUGCCACCCAAGCAAGCAAAAACGGUGAGAUUAGAUGGCCUGUUCCGUCUACCGAAACCUCCCACAGCGCCCAUGUCCGCAACCGCAGACCUUAUCAUCCGUUUUCAAUCCAUGUCGGAUAAGGCCCUCCUGCUCCAAGCCAUAAAGGGAAAGACCCCAUUAUGUUUUGAAGGCUCAUCUUUGACGACAUUCCCAGACCUCACCCGGAACACCAUUGCAUGGCGCAGGUCCCUGAGGCCGCUUCUACAGCUCCUUCAAUCGCAGAAUAUUCCAUACCGCUGGGGUACACCUAGACAACUGAUGUUCACCCACCUAAACACUGCCUAUAAGGCACGGAGCUAUGCAGAACUGGACGCUUUCAUGGGCAAGCUUGGUAUCACAGGAGCGAAGAGUGUGGCAGGUAUUUUGUGCACAGUGUCGUGUGGAAAUAAAAGGACAGUUAUUGGCGAAGUGGGAGGAGAUGUAAUUCUACCCGUGAAUCAGACUGGAAUUAAAGACGCCAGUUGGGUGUUUGUUAAUGGUGGAACUCAUUUUGCUACAACAAAACCAGAUGGAGAUAUAGACAUUCGAGAUAACCGGUAUGAAGGCAGACUGGAUGGAACGACUGAUGGGUCUUUAAAAUUUACUAAACUAAUCAGAGAAGACCAGAGAGAAUACAAAGCGAAUAUACGCACAGACCCAGGAAACAAACAGUGUGAACAACAGUACAAUCUCCGAGUAUUCAAAAAAAUACAGCCUGAAGACCUUGAGAUUCUCCCCAAUGUUACCAUAAAUGGGACCUGUACAGUCACUUUGUCAUGUAAAGUAAAUGUAAAUGGAUCUGAUGUGAACAUCACGUGGAGGAGCCCAGACGGCAGUAAUAUAAAUGAAAUUAAUGGAUCCCUUCGUGUUUCUGAUACAAAUAUCAGCUACACUUGUACUGCACAGAACCCAGUCAGCAAUGCCUUUAAAACAGUCAUCCCACAGACAUACUGCAACAAAGAAAAUGGAAGUACAGGGAAUAAACAGUCUCAGUUACGUAAUACUGCUGUUAUUGCACCUCCAUUGGCUAUAGGAGCGGUUGCCUUUAUCGGUGUCGGCGUAUUGAUGGCUAACAGAAAAAAUAGAAAAAAACGAGAGAUAGAAGCUGAGGAACUUGCAACAACAACCUACGUGGAGGUGCAGCAGAAACAACAAACACAGAAUGUAAUUCCAGAGAAUUCCGGACAACAAAACAAUGCCACAGCACAAACAUUAUAUAGUGAAGUUCAGCACCCCAAGAAACCGGAGAAACCACAGCAAGAAAGAGUUAACAAUUCAGAGCAGAAUAUAAAACCAGAAAAAAAUGAUGUCAAUACCUUGUACAGCGUGAUUAAUUCCGUCAAGCACAAACAAGAAGACUCAAAGGAAACCACAGUGUAUGACACCAUUAAAUAAGAACGGAGGAGGAUUGUUUGAUAAUUCUGGGAUUGUCUCAAGCAAAACAUCCUUUGAAAUUUUGGGCACCCAACGUAAACUACCUCUCUUUUCUUUUUACCAAGUCCUGCUGUUUACAGUAUUUUAAAAAGGUAUAUAAUUGAGAUUUCUGGUAGGUGGACAAACAAACAUGGCCGCUUUUAAGGAAGCUCCCAGCUCUAAGACUCAAUCUGCCACUUUAUAAGCUGGAGGUACAAGCAUCACUUGCAUCGGUACAGGCAAGCAUAAGCCAGUGGAGAAACCCGGGUCAUUGUUUUGUACAAGGAGUGGUUUUCCGACCUCCACCUUGAUUGACGUUAUGGGCCACGAGCUUUCGACUCAGUUGCUCACAGUCACAGCCAACCUACCACAAAGCUCCAGGCGUUUUCAGGUUCCAGAGACACACAAUUGCCAUUUAAUAUUCCACCCCUGAAAAAGAGGUCCGCAAAGCUUGAGUGACAUUCACCAUUGAAAACAGAAAAAAAAA